AUGAAGCUGUACCUCCUGUUCUUCUUCUUCCUCACCCUCCACGCCCUGCCCGGUGUGCCACGGGCAGCGGCGGACAAAUCGCCGUUCUUUCUCCUGGCAGGAGACAGCACCACAGCGGUUCAAACGACGAACGGAGGGGGUUGGGGCAAUGGAUUCAUCCAGACGACUUUGUCCAAGGGAGCCAAAGGCCAGAACUACGGCCGCAACGGAGCCACAACCGUCAGCUUCCGCACCAGAGGGGACUGGGACACCCUCCUCAAGAAGCUUCAGGAGAAGCCGAAAGCCAAUAUCACCAUCGCAGACUACACGAGCAACCUGGAGACUUUCGUCGGAGAGGUGCGGAAUGCGGGGGGCGUCCCCAUCCUAGUGACUCCACUUGCUCGGCGCCAGUAUGAUAAUUCUACCGGAGUGCCCACUAUUAUCCGGAGCCUGGAAAACGAGCGGGUCGCGACGAUCAAGGCCGCGAAGAAGACGGGAGCGUCGUAUAUUGACCUGAACCGCGCCAGCACGCUGUACCUGAAUAGUAUUGGGCCGGUCAGUGCGCACAUGUACGAUUUGAAAGCGGGUGACUCGACGCAUUUGAACGCGGCUGGGAGUCAAGUCUUCGGGGGAAUGGUCGCGGGCUUGAUCAUCCAGGAUUUCCCCCAAUUGGGUGACGCGGGGUUUAUCCAUGUGGAUCCGAAAUUACAGACGGCGCUGGACAAGGGCCAAUACUAUUGGCCACAGUAUGGCACGACCUUUUGCGGUUGGCUCGUCGCCGCUCUCUCUAAUAGCUAUCUCAGCCAGUAUCUGGACCUUGGCGUCUUUUUGGUCAUGGGUGCGACGCUACAGGUCCUGGCCCAUGCGCUAAGAGCCUGGCUGCCUCCAUUGCCUCUGUUUGCUGUGACGUUUUUCAUUGCUAGUCUUGGCCAAGCAUACCAGGACACCUACGCGAACACGUUCGUGGCAUCGGUGAAAGCGGCGCACCGAUGGCUCGGGUUUAUUCAUGCGAUGUAUAUGGCGGGAUGUCUCACCGGACCCUUCAUCGCCACGGCAGUAGCAUCGGCAGGAGCACGGUCGCAUUGGGAACUGUUCUACACGGCGCCUUUAGGGUUGGGCGUCAUCAACUUUGUCCUUGUGGUUCUCGCGUUCCGGGAGUCGUUGACCUUCAAGCGUCAUGUGCAGGGCGAGAUGGGUUCCCAGGAAACAGGACAUAAGGGUGCCAUGCAAGAGAUACAGAAGACUCUGGCGCAGCCGAGCGUGUGGAUUCUGAGUUUGUAUUUCUUCUUUUUCCUCGGCGCCGUUAUCACUGCUGGAGGCUGGAUUGUGGAAUACCUGGUCCACGUGCGCAAUGGCGACCUCAAGGACAUGGGAUAUGUCCCUGCCGGCUUUUACGGGGGCGGUUUCUUAGGCCGACUGAUAUUGGCUGAGCCGACCUAUCGCCUGGGGGAGCGACGGAUGGUGUUCAUUUAUUUGCUGCUCUGUGUGGGAUUAGAACUGGUGUUCUGGCUUGUUCCGAACAUCAUUGCCGAAGCGGUAGCCAUCAGUCUUCUUGGGUUCUUCUCAGGCCCUUUCUUUGCAACAGGUAUCUCGGUCGCAUCGAAGAUAUUCACAGCGGAUAUUCGCUCAGCGGCAAUUGCAUUCAUCUUCGUCCUCGGUCAGGUCGGAGGGGCUAUCUUCCCAGCUGUUACUGGUAUUAUGGCAGCGAAGUUACUUUAUAUUGUUGAACAUUCCCCAGUGCACAUCUUGACUUCAACUACAUGUAAACAAGAACACAACAUGCCCCAAACUGCGAAGACCGGCAACGAGAACAUCAAUAUCGACCUCGCCUCCCCCCCCGGCUGGACAUAUGUCGGGGGGGAUACCGUCAUCGGCAAUGUGGUCCGCCGUUCACAUAUUGUCACCCCCGAUGCAAUGGUGACCCUCACACUGAUCGGACGCGUGAAAACAAAGAUUACGGUGAAGAGGAAUAAUGGCCAAACGACCAGCACCAGCCAUUACCGCGGUCGCUGGCAGCUAUUCCACACAUCGCGAGAGACCCUCUUCCACGGACCCUUACAUCUCCCCAGGAGCAGUGUGAACGACCCGCUUACAUGGCCAUUCUCAGUCGAGAUCCCCACACGGCCAUCGGGUCAGGUGCUGCAGGGACACUUUAUCGAAGAGAGUUACCUGCCAUUGGAUAAAGAGAGCCUUAUCCACAGCACAUUGCCCGCAAGCUUUUCCUCCAGUGGUCGCGGCUGGCGUACCUCCUCUGAGGCCUUCGUGGAAUACUACCUCGAGGCUCGGCUGAUAUAUGGUCGCUCCGGGUCGUCGGAGGUUGAAACAGCGACUUUUCCUAUCACAAUUCGACAUGCCCCGCAACCCGGGAUUUUCAACUAUGACCUUCAGUCGCGCGUGCUCGCGGGAAGGGCCAAGAGUCAGCGGCUACUGCCGGGCAUGGAGCAUGCGGAGCUAUCCCUGAAGCAAAAGACGCAAAAGCUCUUCGGUUCAUCCAAAGUGCCGGAGUUCCACUAUACCGUUGAGGUCAAUUGGCCUUGCGCUAUUCAGCUCGACAACCCAACACCUGUCCCGAUUAUUAUUGGCGUCAAGCCUUCCAGCGCAAGUCCCGAGAUCAGCGACGUCGCCCAGAAGGUUCAGUUAAACUGGGUCAACAUGACCAUUAAGUCCAAGACUAUGGUGCAAGCACCAGGAAACCUCACCCCGAAACAUACUCAUAGCCACUCUCAUUCCUCCUCUCAUCCCAUUGGCUUGAAGCGGGCGUUUUCGAGGCUUGAGAGCCUAUUGUCUUUACUACGGGAAAAGGGAACGAGCCGGUUGACAUUGGUAGUAUGUUUCGACUUCUCUUUCAUUCUGAUGGUUCCACCGAACGAAUUGGAACUGGAGGUCUCAUUGACUGUUGCAGAAGAAACUAAGGAGUUCAAAUUAAUUGACGAGCCAUAUAAAUAUAUUGAGACGUGUCCCGCUUACCUUGGCGCAUAA